GUCUGUAUUACCGGAAGUUGUGAAAUGGGGCCCCGUGAUAAAAUAUAAGAGAACCCCUCAAAUCGUCCUUUUCUACAUUGGACGGCCAUUUCGUACUAACGAUGCCUCUUGCUAAAGACUUACUACAUCCCUCCAUGGAGGAGGAGAGGAGGAAAAAUAAACUGAAGAGAUUGGUCCAGAGUCCAAACAGCUAUUUCAUGGAUGUGAAAUGUCCAGGCUGCUAUAAAAUCACCACAGUUUUUAGCCAUGCCCAGACCGUCGUAUUGUGCGUCGGGUGCUCCACAGUUCUGUGCCAGCCCACAGGAGGAAAAUGCCGGUUAACAGAAGGCUGUUCUUUCCGGAGGAAGCAACACUAAGUGGAUAUAUUUAUGUGUGCAAGAGGAAUUCCGUGCGAGGCUGUUACCGUGGAGACGGUGAUUUGGUGUGGGUGAAUACUGGCCCAUGGUGAUUGACAGCAGAGGGCAACACAUAAACCAUGCUCUGGAUCUUUGGAAAUGCUUGAAGACGUCGUCACACCUUCAUCUGUAAAUCAUCAUCCUGCUUGUGAUCUUAUCAUAUAACAAGGGAGAUUACUCUUGAUUCCAUCUUGUAUGGGACAAUACACUAUAUCUGAUUGAAAGUAAUUAAUUACAUCGUAGAAACAAAAGUAAGCUGGGCAAUUAUAAGACACUAUUUAAUAUAAAAGAUUCAUCAUACUUAAUGUGUCUGCCUUUAUGCUAAUAAAACUUUGGGUAUUCACAAACACCAA